AAACAACGAAUCAAGAAAUAUCGGCUUCGUAGUCCGAACUUUCUUUUAAAACUAUAAAUCCUUCAAUCGCGGUACCUGUUCUACGUGUUUCCCAUACAAAGGGUACAUUGAUCCUAGUCAGCCAACGUUUCGUCGUCAUUCGAACUUUUUCAAACAAACGGUUUACUGUUACUGGCUAGUACCUGGUACCAUACGAAGCAACCUACAUAAUACACGCGUGCGCAACACGUACCAGUACCCAGUACCCAGUACCCAGUACUCAAUUACCCAGUUGCAAAUUACAAUCAAUACAAAGGUACCCAUCUGCCCUUGGGUAUUUGAGUUCAUGCCAACAUAAGGAAGGACCAAACUAUGAGCGAACCUCCUCGUAGAUCAAGCUUCGGGAUGUUGUUACGACGCAGCAAAUCGGGUGAUCUUGGCAAGGGGGGAAGGAAGCAUCAUAAGGAUCAGCAAAGGGAAACUGUACCUAAAUCCCCCCCUCGUCUUCCCGCCCUCUACAAUGGUGACCAACCCUCCCCGCUACAAAGUUUUGGAGGCGAUACUCGUCCCGAUUCUUUCGCCAUCGUUUCUGGAACAGCCGAUCACUCUUUUCACCGUUAUCCGCCUAGAGCAUCCAUCGACCCCGGUCGUCAUUCCAUGUCUUCUACUGUAGCCGGUCCUCCCGUGCCUCCGGUUCCGAACAACGGUGCCUGGGUUGAUCCCUACGCCCGUACCGAGAGCAUGACGCACCGUGGCCGCUAUAGCUAUGCUAGCAGUGCUGUUAGCACUAUCAACAGCCCAAGAAGGGUUCGCAGGAGGAAGGAUCCUACUCCUUUCAACGUCCUUAUUGUAGGCACUCGAGGAUCUGGAAAGACCUCAUUCCUCGAAUUCCUCAAGACCGCCUUGGCUCUACCGGCCAAGAAGCGAUCUCAACGAUCAACCGAAAUCGAACAAGAGGUCAGCGAUGCAACUCCCUCAGGUAAUUUUAUACCGCACUACCUGGAAAGUGAAAUCGACGGCGAGCGAAUCGGAUUGACCCUAUGGGACUCGGAAGGUCUUGAGAAGAACGUGGUGGAUCUGCAGUUGAGAGAGAUGUCGACCUUCCUGGAGAGCAAAUUCGAAGAGACUUUUGCUGAAGAGAUGAAGGUAAUUCGAUCUCCAGGCGUACAGGAUACGCACAUUCACGCAGUCUUCCUCAUCCUGGAUCCUGCUCGUCUGGACCGCAAUAUAUCUGCUGCCAAGGCCGCUUCCGCCAAUGGCCGUAAUGGCAAAUACCCCCAAGACAUUGGUCGCGUGGUGGGUGGCCUAGACGAAGACCUUGACCUACAGGUCAUGCGAACUCUUCAGGGCAAGACCACAGUAAUCCCGGUCAUCUCGAAGGCCGACACUAUCACUACCGCACAUAUGGCCGUCCUAAAGAAGACCGUGUGGGAUAGCCUGAAGAAAGCCAACUUUGAUCCUCUCGAGGUAUUAGGAUUAGACGAAGAUGAUGAGGCCACCCCGAAUUCUAGCAGGAUUGAUGAAGCCGACGAAGAAGAAGACGAGGAGGAUGAGGCAGGCGAGGCUGCGGUUAAGUCAAAACGGAGCAAGGACGACGAGGAAUCUGCUAUUAUAGAUGACGAUAGCCCUUCACCUGAUGAAGACGACGAGAAUGAUCUUCCUAUCCAAGGUCGGGCCUCCCCAACCUUGAAGCGUCGCUCAAACAAUUCUACCCGACAAUCCAAGCCUUCACAGGAGGAGACCGACGAAAUUCCCUUCAUCCCAAUGUCCAUAAUCAGCCCCGAUAUCUACGAGCCGGGUGUUGUUGGUCGCAAGUUUCCUUGGGGUUUUGCAGACCCGUACGAUGCGGAGCACUGCGACUUUACUCGACUAAAGGAUGCCGUGUUUAACGAGUGGCGUGGCGAGUUGCGCGAAGUCAGCAGAGAAAACUGGUACGAAGGCUGGAGAACGAGUCGCCUCAAGCAUCGACAGCCUCCAAGCCGACGUCGAUAGGGGUGAACAUGAUGAUUAGGAAUUGGCGGACGAGUUAUGUCUGCAUGCUUGUUGAGCACUCGAUGACCUCUGUGGUUUGAUGGUCGUCGUAGCAUACCCUCCCAAAUGCGUUUUUAUUUUAUUUUCUCAUAUACCACGACAUUGUUCUCUGGCCAGCUGAAGUGAAGCAAGGAAAG